CCUGGCAGUGCACCAGGAUUUCUGCUACCAGGAGCUGGAACCAUAUGCUGAGGACAUUGGCACCUGCCCUCCUGUCCCCCAGACCCUGGCAGUGCCUGCAGGUCCAUCCCCAGGAGAAGCACAGCCCACCUGGCCUUAUCCUGACAUCCUGGGGGGCUGCCUGCCCUGGCCACAGCCCCACGUCCUGACCCUGUGCUGGGUCAGAUCUGUGACAGCCCCAACAGGGACAUGUAGAAUGGCUGUAGGGCCAGCGUUGGCCCAGGACCUUCCUCCUCACCUUCCCCCAAGAUGCAGGGGGCAGGAAAGCACCCACAGAGCCAGCACAGGGCUGAGAUCUGCAGUUAGCAUCCCUGCACUGCAGAAAGGGGAAGAGAAAGUCCAGCAAAGAGCCCUGGGGACCCUCUGGAGGCUGGGAGCACCUGUUUUCAUCCAGGGUGAAGCAGCUCCACAGCCCCACAGCGAGCAUCCAGGAUCCUGUCUGGAGGCAGCAGGAGGGCCGAGGGCACAGUGGAGAUAAGCCACGGCAAAGACAGCUGUAGCUGGGAGAAAGGGGGAUUGAGGGAUUAUGGCCAGGAGCCCAUCUAAGCUAGGGAUCAAUUUUCUCCCCCCCAGGGAGAGGAAAGUGGGGCCUCUACCCCACAGGAACUAAUCUGCUUUUUAAUGAGGAACUGGGAAUUUUGUUGUCAACAACCAGCAACACGCAUGCCUGGUGCUGCAGGGAUGCAUCGCCAGGUUGGGACCCCUGGGUGAGUGCUAUGCCCUGCAUCAGCAGCCACCCCAGCUUCUGGAAACACCGUGUUUACCAUCAGGAAAAGAUGAUCCUAGACCAGGCAGGGCUCUGCCGAUCCUGCUGGAGGAUCAUCCUGCCUGUCCCCAGCUCAGCGCCAGCCAACAACAGCCCCCACUCCAUUCAUUGGCUCCAUUCCCUCUGUCCUGCAGGACCCAACAGUAGCCCUGGGGUGGGCUGGGGGUUCCUGCUUGUGCUGGAUGCCCUUGGGCAGACCCUGCUCCCCUGGCUGGGUGCUCCUGGGUUUGACCUGCACACCCACAUGACAGAGACUGAGCAGAGCUGCUAUUUCUGUCCUGAGCAUGCAGAUGUAAAAGACGCACCAAGUUAAAGGUUCAGGACUGGCUCCAAAGUGGGGUCACACCUGCCACCUUGCCUUCCUCCCCAGGGCUGGGCCUGUGUUCUGCUCCGUUCUCGGUAUCGAGAGCAGCACGUGGUCAAACCACAGGUUACAGAGUGCUGAGACACCAAGAGCUUCAGACCCACCGGCCAGGGGAAAGGCUCUGCUGUGCAAUGACGGAGCAGGUGAGGGGGCAGCAGGGUGAGGGGCUUGCUUGGGAGCCAGGCAGAAUUCCCUCCAUCACUGGCUUUCCUUAGUUUUUUUUUAGGUAGUUUUCUUGUGAGCCCUGUGGGUUUAGACUGAAAGGCAAAACCCUGGGGAAUCAGGGCAGUGCCUGGUGCUCCAGGCCCCUGGGGCUAGAGGAGCUGCUGGAGAGUCAACCUGCCCUGGCACUGGCUUCUGAUCCCACCUGUGGCCUCAGAGCAAUUGAGGGGCUGAAGCUCAGCUUCCUGGGCUCGCUGAUGGGCUGACAGGGGCCAGAGUGAAAUUGCUGUUGUGAGGUUACUGUGAGUCAGAGUGUCAGAUCCUGAUCUCCAGGUAAGUGGGGUCCCAGUGGAGACACCAGUGCCAGGCUGCAGCACUGCCCUGCUGCCCCAGAGCAGGGCUGAGCAGCUGGGAGGUGGGAGCACUGUGCUCAGCUGCCUGCAACCUGUGUGAGGCAGGAGCUCCCUAUCUGGGAGCAGGACCAGGCAGUGCAAGGCUGUGCCCACACUGGGGUCUCCAGGGUGGUGCAUGGGGGCUUUGGGCACCUGGGGAUGCUGGUGUGGAUCCCCAAGACUCAAUAGCCCAGGACAUCUAGGGCCAUAGGCUGGGUGCUGAGCCCCAGAGCGGCUCCCCAGGUGCAGGGUUAGUUCAUGGGACAGUGCUGUGCUCGGGAUGCCAUGGCUGGGGUCAUGUCCCUCUGCCAGCUCUGCACUGCAGACGGCUGCUGGGGAAGCGUGGUCACUCCUGCAAUGACUGAGCACGCUGCUGCGGGGUGAGAGACGGAAACAAACUCCGCGCGUGGGGCCAGGGACCGGGGGCUGCGGCACACCCGGGCUCCCGGUGGUAAGGCUGGGUGGAGAAGGGCUGCCUUGGGUGUGGUUCUGCACCCCGUGGCCGGGCCACGACUGCCGAGCCCUCCUCACUCAGCCUCCCUGUGCACAGGUAACUUCCAGCCCCGUCUCAACAGAGCUGAUGGCCACCACCGACUUCUACCCCUGGGAGGAGGGGUACUCGGGCGAGUCCGGCAGUUUGCCUGAGCUCUGUGAGAAGCAGGCAGUACAGGGCUUCGCCCGCACCUUCCAGCCUGCCGUGUACCUGCUGCUCUCACUGCUGGGCACAGUGGGGAACGGGCUGGUGCUGCUCACACACACCCGCUACCGCCAGGUACACAGUGUCACCGAUGUCUGCCUCCUGCACCUCGCUCUGUCUGACCUCCUGCUGCUCCUGACGCUGCCCUUCGCCAUCACCGACACGCUGCAGGGCUGGUCCCCAGGCACAGCCGCCUGCAAGGCGCUGCAGGGUCUCUACGCCCUCAACUUCUACAGCGGCUUCUUCUUCCUCACCUGCAUCAGCGUGGAUCGCUAUGUGGCCAUUGUGCGGGUGCCGGCUGCCUGCCGCCUGCGCCCACGAGCUCGCCGCCACGGCUGGCUGACGGCAGGGCUGGCGUGGCUGCUGGCCCUGCUGCUAGCCCUGCCCCAGUUCAUCUACAGCCAGGCAGAGCAGCACCAGGAUCUCCGGCUCUGUCGUGUCGUCUUCCCCCGUGGAGUCUCACGGGCAGCCCGGGGAGCCACCAACCUGGUGCAGGUGGUGCUCGGCUUCCUGGUGCCGUUCCUGGUGAUGGCGAGCUGCUACGCGGCCGUGGCACGGACGCUGCUGGCGGCCCGCGGAGCCCAGCCCCACCGGGCGCUGCGAGUGCUGCUGGCCCUCGUGCUGGUGUUCGUGGCCCUGCAGCUGCCCCACAGCCUGAUGGUGCUGCUGGACGCGGCCGAGCUGCUGGCCAGCUGGGAGAUGAGCUGCGCCCAGAGCCGCCGCAAGGACCUGGCGCUGCUGGUCACUGGAGGGCUGGCGUACCUGCGCUGCUGCCUCAACCCCCUGCUCUACGCCUUCCUCGGCCAGCGCUUCCGCCGGGAGCUGUGGCUGCUCGCCAGCGACGCCGGCUGUGUGGGGUCCCUCGACCCGCGCUGCUCCGGCUGCCCCAGUCCCCGGCGGCGGACAUCGCUCUCCACCUGCCUGGACGUGGUGUAGGAGCAGAGCGGGGUUCGGUCC